AUGUUGGCUCACUUUUUUGAGCCAGAUGCUCGACUUCACCAAUCUUGGCUCGAUACCAUGAAAGCGGUUAGUUUACUUUUCAUUUCUAAAUGUAUACUAACAUUUUCAUUCCAGAAGAUCGAUGCCGAGAACUCAGACUUUGUGAUAAUCCAUAUGCAAGAGACUGGCGGUAAAAAGUCCGUUUUUCUUGUUUUUUUGGAACCUUUUCGUUCAAAGUUUGAGAGAAAAAAAGAAGUUUUGCAGGUUCGCCGAGUGUUCGAAACAGGUUCCAGUCCUCAUCGAAAGACUUCGAGAGUCUCUUCCGCAGUUCUCGACCAUGCGAGCCUACGCGGACCUCGAAUAUGAGUCGAUUGAAUACACGGUCCGUUGAAAAUUCAGCCGAGGAAAAAAAGUCUUCAUUUUUCGCAUCUCUGAUGAUUUCUUAUGAAUCAAAAGACGUUUAAUGAAAUUUAAAAAUUCGUUCAAAAAAAAUGUUUCGAUCACAGGUCAGAGCUCAGAAAAAAAAUAAAUAUGUGGAAUUGGUGCCUUUUUCAAACUCCAACAUCGAAAUUUUCUUGUUCAAAAAUACCUUUUUUAGCUCAAAGUUUGACUCACAAAAAACUCAUUAUUAAAAGAAGCUACCUUUAAGAAAAAUUUUCAGAUGAAAAAUGGAAAAAUUGCUUUCAGGCUUUGGGAAUGGUCGUUUUCAUUCGUUCGUCGUUGCUGCCAAAUGUGUACCAGUUCAACUUCGCCUCUCACAACUACGAACCAGUGAAGGCAACUGGCGAACUGGUCAUGUCGGGACUGGAGAAACACAAAUUCAUCGUCAAACAAAAGUUCCCCAAACAUUUCUGGCCUGCGAUCAAAUGGGGACGCAAGGGCUACAUGCAAACUCGUUGGAAGAUCAAGAACAAGUAAGCUUUCUAUAAUCUUUGAUUUUAAUUUGAACCAAUACUAAAAAUGGAACAAUAUUUUCAGGGUCUUCGAUUUUGUCAAUGCGCAUCUUUUCCACGAUGAAUCGAACUUGGCUCUUAUCCAUGAGGUUUAAUUGGAAAUGAAACUUCCAAGAUUCAUGAAUAAGUAUUCAGAACCCUCAGCUGUACAGUCAAAACCGCAAAAGAGCUCUUGACUUCGUCCUUGAGGAGCUGGCCAAUCUCGAGAAUGGGUCGGCUCCGUUGCAUUUUAUUUUCGGAGAUUUGAACUUCCGCCUUGAUGCCAGCUCUUUUCUGAACGUGAGUGGAUGAUUUUAAAAUUUUCAAUUAUUACGCUGAAGUCGGAAAUCACCAUUUCUACUCCCAUAACAUGAUAACCAAAAAAAAUGAAGUUUUGUGGUGUAUAUCUACAAGUUAUAAGCUCCAGUUGUUUCAGAGGGCAAAAUGCAUUUUGACGAAAAAAAUUUGGCAAAACGCACAAUCAAGGAAUUCGCCGAAUUUCGUUGAGAAAAAAAAUUCUCAAUGUUUUAUUAUUCGCCGAACCGCGUUUCACAGGUUCAUGAGACGUCAAACAAGGCUUAUUGACAUCAAAAAAAGAAAAAGAAAAAAAGCUAUCCGAUACAAAAACUCCUAGGAUGCUCCUUUUAUUUUUUAUUACAUAUUAGGAAGCUCCUGGAAAUAUAAUUAUUGUGUUGAGCAGCUUUUUGGUAGCGAAAUUUGGCCCAACAGAGAAUUUUCAGAUUGUAAACAAUGUGAUCUAGAAGACAUCUCAGGAAAGUUCCAUCAACUCAUUGAGCUUUUUCUUUUUGUGUUUCCCUUCCAAUGAUGUUGAUAUGAAAUUAACACAUUUCAUUGAGAAGUUCUGACUUUAAAAAAAAACUCUUAGAAAGGAGAAAAAGGAAUAAAUAGUUAUGAAAAUAAAUCAAAAGUUUGAUUUUUAAAGUUUGAUUUUUCGCCUUUUUUCAGAAGCUGACUGUCCGUGCAGCUGCUCACUCCCUGAACGAUCAAGAGCAAACGGGAUCCAUUGGCGAAGGCCUCGAGGCUCCCAACAACAACUUGUCGCCUCAUCCUGACCUCCUGCGAAGAACUGUUUCCGCCAUUGAAUUCCGCCGUCCGUCGGCCACUGAAGCCAUCGAUGGGUGAGAACGAAUUCAAAACUGAAAAGAAAUUUCUUUUUCAGAUGUGUGUUGCGUAUCGAAAAGAAGAGAUUCGACUAUUUCAAUCAUGCCAAAUUGCUCGAUGACUGGAAGUCCUACCUCGAAGACGACAAAGAGGCGACUAACUUCAAACAAUUGCACGAAAUUCCUAUCAACUUCCCUCCAACGUAGGACGCCUCAAGUUGAAAUAGAGAGUGAGAUGUUCGGUUGCAGAUACCCGUGGAGCGAGGACCCUGAGGAUUCUGAAGCUUUGAUGAAGACGAGAGCUCCUGCCUGGUGUGACAGAGUGUUGAUGAACAACGCGGCGUUUGAGUUCAUAAGGGGCGGAGGUCCCACUUAUGAAUCUUUCGGCAGAGAAACUUGCACAGGAGAUCAUAAGGUGAGUUGUGAACCAUUUUGGAAUAAAAAAUCCUAAAAAGUCAUUUAUAUGAAGCUUUUCACGUUUUUGAAACUUGGCUAAAGCAAACAGUGAGUCGAAAUAAAAGUCACAAAUUUAACGAAAACAACUUUUUUUCGCAAAAAACCCUGCUUAAAAUAUUUCAGCUUCUUCAAUAUUUUAAUAUUUCAGCCUGUCGCCUUGUCUUUCUCCACUCGACGUCCGUUGUAG